GUUUUGAUCCAAUUCACUUCAUGAAAUCGGGGAGGCACUCACCGCUAUGAAGCGAAAAGAAACGACAACUGGCCAAUCUUCGUUAUUCGGCUGAAAUGGUUGAGGAGUUCUUAAGCUAACAGUCAUAUAAGAAACAUGCGGGUAGGAUACGUCAAGAAUAUUCAGAAAGAGCUGUAGUUUCUGCAGUGUACGAACCCUUAAACUCGGAGGAUUUUCCCCCGUCGGCCGCUUCGCACCGACCAGGCAAUGACAACGGCCUCCGCAACCCCGCAGCAGAUGAGAGAGCGGCUGCUGCAGGCCAUCGACAGCCAGAGCAAUAUCUGUAACAUGGUUGCAGUCCUUGAUGUUAUCACCAAUUUGGAGAAAUAUCCAAUCACUAAAGAAGCACUUGAGGAAACUCGCUUGGGAAAGCUCAUCAAUGACGUCAGGAAGAAGACGAAAGACGAAGACCUUGCUAAACGUGCCAAGAAACUCCUUCGAAAUUGGCAGAAACUGAUUGAGCCCAGCCAAAAUGAUGCUUCUUCUCGAGGGGUGCAAGGCGCCCCAGGCUCAGCCAAUGGCAGUUCUCAUCCAUGCCGAACAGACACGCCUCCAGCUGUUCCCCCGCCCAGCAAAAAAUCUCCAGAACUUAAAAACCGAAAUGACGUUCACAACACUUACUCAGCUACAGCAGAAAAGUCUAGAAACCGAAAACACAGGGGGGACCAAAGGGAUAGUCCACAUCUGCCCCCUAAAAUGCACAAAACAUUCACAUAUGGGAACACAUUUUCUUCCACCCCUCCAUCAAAUGGAUUUAGUGGCAGCCCUGAGCCUUUCCUUGAAAAACCAGAUGAUGCACCUUCUUCUGAUAGAAACUGCCCAGAGCAUCUUGACAAUGACAAACAAAACAAAAUCCCUGUUAAUGCUGUUAAGCCUCAUCCGAGUUCUCCAGGGCUUACCAGACUCCCCAGCACUUCAUCCUUACUCAAAACAUCAGUGUUACAGCAGCAAUCAAGAACAGAAGGAGAUGGCAGUGACAAACAUUCAAUCAGUAGCCCUCAAUUCUCAUUAAGUCCACAUAGUGUAGCUCGUGAGACAGUGGCUAAGAGGUCUUCAGCUUAUGCAUCAAAAGGGACUCUGUUGAGCCCGUCUCAUAAUUCAGCCCAAGUGCCCUCUCUCUUGCCUUUAACCUCCCCAAAUCAAAUGUCUCAUGCUGAUGGUCGUCUAACUCUAGACCUAGAGGACUCGGUUCCCUUCAACAGAUCAAUUGAGAGAACCUCUGAAUCCCUUCAUAACAGUGCAGCACAGGAGCCUUCGGAACUGUCCAGGCACAAUUUCUCACCUGAGGUUCCUAAAGCUGGGUCAGAAAGUGCAACGUUGAACAAAAAAAGAAAGCAGUACAGGUCCAGGAACUACACGGUAAAUCUUCAAGGCCAGUGCUCAGAGGACAGGACAAAACCUGUGCGCUUAAAAGAGCGCAGAUUGACUUUUGACCCAGUGACGGGACAAAUAAAACCCCUCACUCCAAAGGAAUCUCACCAGGAGGAGGAAUGCCAGGGACCACCAGUUUUCGAGCCUGCAGUUAUUGAGAGCCCUCAACAGAGGCCACCUACGACUGCUCAAAAUCCUUUCCAGCAAACGAACUGGAAAGAGCUGUCUCGGAACGAGAUCAUUCAGUCCUACCUUAGUCUUCAGAGCAACGUUCUGACUUCCUCUGGAGCGCAGACCCAUGGUGCACACUUUUUCAUGACGGAGUAUUUGAAACAAGAGGAAAACGCUGUUAGAGAAUCGAGGAAAACUCAUGUUUUAGUCCCGAGCGGCUCACCCGCUGAACUACCGGGCUUGAGUCGAGAGGUAACGCAUGAGGACCUUCACAGAAUAGACAAAGAGCACUGGCCAGGAGUUAAUGGCUGUUAUGACACCAAGGGAAACUGGUAUGAUUGGACAGACUGUAUAUCUUUGGAUUCUCAUGGUGAUGAGACCAAAUUGAAUAUUCUGCCAUAUGUUUGCCUAGACUGAGAACGACUCUGAUGGCUUUUGGUUUUCAUCGCCCCUACUGUGAGUUUAAAAAUAAAAAUAAAUUAAAAAAAAGUAAAGACUUCUUUAUAUUCAGUACUGAAGUUUUCUGAUAUGUGGAGUGAAAAAGGGGGGUGCUUCGGUUUUCUUAAACAAAAGGUAAUUAAAUAGAUGUCCUGUUUGUAAUGUGCUGCUACCAACAAAAAUUUGCAAACUAAAUUUGUAAAUGAUAGCUCAGAAUAACUGGGCCGGUUAUUGCACAGUGUGUAUAGGAGUCAGAGCACUAAGCAGUGCAGGUUGGAAAGCAAGUCAGAAACUUGUUUGGCAGUUACAAAAAAAGCUUUAUGUGACAAAGAAUAAAUUAUACUUUUUUUAUCAUGUAUGCAUCUAUUUAUUUGACUUGAUUUUUCCUAUCAGAAGGUUUAUCUGCCAAGAUGUGCGAAUAUCUUUAAGGCUUUUCAUUUUUCAUGACUUUUUUUUUUUUUUUGGGUCCGUCCCUCCCUGCUUUGUGAUGGACAUGUGGUGUGUACAUUAUUAUUAUUAUUUUUUUUUUUGUCGUCUCAUGCUAAAUAGUGCAGCCAACAACAUUCCAUGUUGCAUUGUUCAGUUUAUCCUGUGUAUGUGAUUUCCAUGAGAGAGAGAAGCUAAUCUAUUUUUAGACAUCUUGGAUAAGAAAUAAUGGAAGUAUAAUAAAUAUAUUUGCUUAGAUAAUUAUACAAAUAUCAAAGACAUGAUGUUUAUUUCACUUCAUGCCACAGUUGGAGAGGCAGCAGUGUGUGCGCCUCUCCUUUUUAUUUAAAGAAAAUGUUAAAAUGCUGGAACUGUACUCAUUACCAUUCCUUUAGAUGUUUGCCUUACUGGACACACACACUUUAAUUUCAAGAGCCUUUGGGAAUAUAGUUUAUUUUUAUUUUUUAUUUUUUUUUUGUAUGAUCGUUUCCAGCCCCAUAAUCUAACUAGCGCACGCGCAAACACAGACAGUAAUGUGCAUUAUCUGCAUGUCUGUACAUAGUUAUUUCAGUCCAUGUAAAAUGUCUGUCUGUGAGAUCACAUUGCAAAGUAUAAGGCGAUUCUUUGUUCUGAAGAUCAUUCAUGUUCGUCAACCUGUCAGUUAAUUUAAGAUGUAAUUAUCAUGCGCUCAGCAUUUUACAUGAUGUUUUUUUUUUUUUCUUCCCCUUCCCUUUAAAUUAAAUCUGGUUUGUUUCAUUUUCAUAACAUUUUGUUAAGGCAGUGAAAGUGAUUUUGCUGCUGACUUGCAAACACUGUGUGCUCUGCUACUUUCGUACCAAUGUGCCUUUUUAAUGUAAAGAAAAGAAAUUGGAAUGGCUUCAGCUAGCUUAACUUGAAAAGUACAACCUAUUUCUUAAAACCAUGUCCGAUAUUGCAGGGAUACACAUUGUUUUUGAAGCAAUGAGCUCAACCCUUGUUAAGGGUGUCAUGAAUCUGCAAUAAAUCCAGAUGGCAAACUAUUCUGAUCAGUUAGUUGAUCAAUACUUUUUUUUUUUUCCCCUCCCCCCCAGUGUUCAA